AUGGCGGCGCCCGUAUCGCCGUCACUGUUGGCGACUACCAGAGGGUCUGGGAGACUGAGCCAUAAGAAAUACAGAGCACUUCUGAAGAAAGAGAAACGAAAGGAAAAAAGACAAUUACUGGCAAGACUGAGAGAUUCAGAAGCAGCAGAGAAAAAUGCACAGGUGUCUGAAGAGGAAGAGCUGGAUGAAGAAGAAGAACUGCUUGAAGCGGAAAGGCAAAGACUGCAUGAAGAAUGGUUGCUAAGAGAAGAAAAGGCCCAGGAAGCUUUUAGGAUCAAGAAGGAAAAAGAAGAGGCAGUGAGAAAACGUCAGGAAGAAGAAGAGCGAAAAAUAAAAGAAGAAUGGGAAGAGCAGCAAAGGAAAGAACAGGAGGAGGAGGAGCGGAAACAGCAAGUGAAGAAAGAUAGAGAGGAGGCUGUGCAGAAGAUGUUGGACCAAGCUGAAAGUCAGCUAGAAAAUGGAACUACAUGGCACAACCCAGAACCUCCAGAAAAUGUAGGAACGGAGAAAGAUCGAGCCAAUUGCCCGUUCUAUAUUAAAACAGGAGCUUGCCGAUUUGGAGACAGAUGCUCUCGGAAGCAUAACUAUCCAAACUCCAGCCAGACUCUCCUUAUCAGGGGUAUGUUUGUUACUUUUGGGAUGGAACAGUGUAAAAGAGAUGACUAUGACACAGAUGCAAGUCUGGAGUACAGCGAGGAAGAAAUCUACCAGCAGUUCUUAGACUUCUAUGAUGACGUGCUUCCGGAAUUCAAGAAUGUGGGAAAAGUUAUUCAGUUCAAGGUCAGCUGCAACUUCGAACCGCACCUCCGGGGAAAUGUGUAUGUUCAGUACCAAUCGGAACAAGAAUGUCAGGAAGCCCUUGCUUUAUUCAAUGGCCGAUGGUAUGCUGGGCGGCAGCUUCAGUGUGAAUUUUGUCCAGUAACCAGGUGGAAAACAGCUAUUUGUGGCUUAUUUGAAAGACAGAAGUGCCCAAGAGGGAAACACUGCAAUUUUCUUCAUGUAUUCAGAAAUCCAAACAAUGAGUUCUGGGAGGCCAACAGAGAUAUUCAUAUUUCCCCUGAAUGGACCAAACAUACUGGUAAAAACUCUGAAAGGAGAAAUAGAUCAGGCUACCAUGAAGAAUAUUAUAACAGGUCUAGGAGAAGAAACAGUCCAAGUUCAGAUCAUGCCUACAAAAGAAAUGGAGAGUCAGAAAGGAAAAAGAGUCAUAAGCAUAAGAAAAGGCACCUUCCUGAGACCUCAGGGAGUCAUGGAAGAAGACAGUCACGCAGUAAGAAGAGACACCGGAGUCGCAACAGGAGUUGGACACGUAGUCGUAGCAGAAGUUCCUCUCGGUCAAGGAGUAGAGGCAGGAAAAGGUCCAGUAGCAGAGGAAGAAAUAGUUGAAUUACUGCUGAAGAAUGACUUUUCCAAGGUGUUUCUGGCCAAUAAAUUCGAAUGCUACCUGAGCUAUUGCAUACUAGACAUCGUAUGCUGUACUGCUUUGUUCCAACUUAGGAUAAUGUGAGAAUACAUCUGUGUCUGCAGAGCUUAUCUGCCUAGUUACAAGUUAUUCUGGCAUGAAAGCUUGGUGUUGCUUAGACUCUUGAGUGAUUCUAGUGCACUCAAUGUUCUACAAUUGCUCUGAAGCUCCACACCUUUCCUUUAGAGGUCUAUGAUGUAACAGAUUGUGUGAUUUGUUUCUUGAACAGAUAAUAUUUUCACUUAUGCCACUGAGUAAAUCCUGCAUGUGAAAGCAUUGUGGUAAAUACAACUAAUACAACUGGUCCCUUUGCUGAUCUGUGCAAGAACAUGCUAUGAUCUAAAAGGCAGUUCAAAAUUUAACUGUGGUAGAGUACAGCUGCAUUGUCACUCAAGUGAACAAAACCAAAAUGUAAUAGAACUUGGGGGGGGGGGAGCUUUCAAUGACAUCAGUUUCCUGUCUUUUGAUGGUCUCAAGGUAGGGUCAGGCAACUGGAGGAGGCUUGAUGACUGCCCAGAACUCCCUUGAUUUCCCUGUUUGCAGCUUUCAUUUCAUGUGCUGCCCUUAACCUUUCUUCAGCUUAUUUCUUCCUUCACUGGAAAGAGGAAGUAUACUUUCCUUGGAAGCUGCACAAGCAGCUUGUCCUCAGUGGAUUUCUGAGUAUGUACAUGUUAUACCAAGUGGAAGUAAAGAACAGCAACAGCUGGAUGAGACGGGGAAGAAAUUCUUCCUCAUCUUUCCUUCUCCAGUCUUUGGAUGCGAUUUUUACCUGGUCUAAAUAAAAACAAAAGUUUCAUGUACGUAUCUGUUCCUUAGUUUAUUUGAAAAGCCAUGGUCUUUCAAGUGUCACAGUAGGCAGUUUCAGUCCUGUAAGUAGAAGGAAGCAGCUGCAACACUUAACCUUUAAAGGUUUCCUCAGUGACAUGCACACCUUUGUGGUUCAUAAUAGUAAUUACUGCUUUUGUUUGUACCUCAGAACUACUGCUUUUGUUUGUACCUCAGAACUCACAUUGCAAAAACACUUGUAUGAUCACUUUAUACCUAAGCGAUACAGUCUCAAGUGCUUCUGCAGUAGGAAGGUGCAUCCUUAUUUUAGUGCACUUUAGUAGAAAUGUGACUAAUGGAUGUUUUUUCAACAUUCAAGUAUGCAUAAUUUUCCCCUCUCCUUAUUUCUAGAAAUAAUUUAAUAGGAAGGGUUCCUACUUACCUUUCAAGACCAAUCCAUGCUCUAGAAUGUGUUCAGACAUUUGGAAAUAUCCAUGAUAGUAAUAUGUGCCCUGUCCUGUGAGGAAUUUCUGCAAGUUGCAAUCCUCUAUUGUAAAUAAAAAUUCCUUGGUUGAU